CUUAUUCCGUAGGCCUCUGAUGGGCCACCAGAGCCGUCCGAAAGUCCUGGCGGAGCGACUGGCAGUGGCCAUUUCAAAGCCUGAUUUCACCUCCUUUGCAACCAGUCACGACCCAGAAUAAACUGCUUCCGGGAAGCCGGUUAGUUGCACCGGCCUGAAGUGGGUCUCGGGGCCGCCUCUCGCGACCUCAGCCAGGGUUUCAGGUUCCCGCCCGGGUCACGUGUGCGGAGGCUGCCAGUGCGCGCUCUGCCCCGCCCUCCGGUCGCCACAGCAACACCAAUCCCGGCUCACGCCCGCCCCCCACCCCCAAUCCCCCCACCGCCGGCCGUAAGUGAAGCCGGCGAGCCCCGCGGCCGGAGGGGCCUGCAGCCCGGGGCCGGUCAUGCUUCGCGGCCCGUGGCGCCCGCUCUGGCUCUUUGUCCUGCUGCUGCUGCCGCUCCCCGGCGCGCCCGAGCCCAGCGGCGCUUCGAGGCCGUGGGAGGAGACCGACGAGCCGCGCUCGGCCUGGGCCUGGCCGGGCUUCCAGCGCCUGAAGGAGCGGCUGAGGGCGGCCGCCGCCCUCUCCAAGCGGUACUGGACGCUCUUCAGCCGCCAGGUGUGGCCCGACGACUGUGACGAGGCCGAGGAGGGAGCCGCGGGGUCCCCGGGCUGGCGCCUUCGCCUGUUAGGUCAGCGGUACCUGGAUCUCCUAACCACGUGGUACUGCAGCUUCCGAGACUGCUGCCCCAGUGGGGAUUGCAGGAUCUCCAACAACUUUACAGGCUUAGAGUGGGACCUCAAUGUGCGGCUGCAUGGCCAGCAUUUGGUCCGGCAGCUGCUUCUGAGUACAGUGAGGGGCUACCUAGAGACGCCCCAGCCAGACAAGGCCCUUGCUCUGUCGUUCCACGGCUGGUCUGGCACAGGGAAGAACUUCGUGGCGAGGAUGCUGGCAGAGAACCUGUAUCGGGACGGGCUGAGGAGCAGCUGUGUCAGGAUGUUCAUUGCCACGAUCCACUUUCCUCACAUCAAGUAUGUGGACCUGUACAAGGAGCAGCUGAAGGGCCAGAUCCGGGAGACGCAGCAGCUCUGCCAUCAGACCCUGUUCAUCUUCGACGAGGCUGAGAAGCUGCACCCAAGGCUGCUGGAGGUCCUUGGGCCACACUUAGAACGCCGGGCCCCUGAGGAUGACAGGGCCGAGUCUCCGUGGACUAUCUUUCUGUUUCUGAGUAAUCUCAGGGGCAAUAUAAUCAAUGAGGUGGUCCUAAAGUUGCUCAAGGAUGGAUGGUCCCGGGAAGAAAUUACGAUGGAACACUUGGAGCCCCACCUCCAGGCGGAGAUCGUGGAAACCAUAGACAAUGGCUUUGGACACAGCUGUCUUGUGAGGGAAAACCUGAUUGACUACUUCAUCCCCUUCCUGCCACUGGAGUACCGUCACGUCAGGCUGUGUGCGCGGGAUGCCUUCCUGAGCCAGGAGCUCCUGUAUACAGAAGAGACACUGGAUGAAAUCGCCCAGAUGAUGGUGUAUGUCCCCAAGGAGGAACAGCUCUUUUCUUCCCAGGGCUGUAAGUCCAUUUCCCAGAGGAUUAGCUACUUUCUGUCAUGAAGGCUAGAAAGAGACUUCCUGGAGCUGCCUUUCUUCUACUAACAGGACGCUGGGACCUGUAGGAGCACCCCGUUUGGGACUAUGAAGUGUUUGAGGGGGUGUGGACUGGUAUCCAGCAGUCAUUAACACACAACUGGUAUGUAAAAGGCAGGCCUUACAUAAGAAGCAGAGCCAAUCCUUUUUUUUUUUUUUUUUUUGAGGUCCCACUGAGAUAGGAACUUGGAUCGCUGUAUUCAAA